AUGGCCACCCUCCGCCGCUUCUCGCCCUUCGACCUGCUCCGCUUCAACAACGUGAACCUGGACCCGCUGACGGAGACCUUCACGAUGGGCUUCUACCUCCAGUACCUCGCCAAGUGGCCGCAGUACUGCUUUAACGUCGACGCGCCGCACGGCCGCUCGAUGGGGUACGUGCUCGGCAAGGCGGAGGGGUCGGGCGCGCCUGGCAAGCUGGACGCCGGGCUGCCGUGGCACGGACACGUCACGGCCGUCACGGUGCCGCCCGAGUACCGCCGCCUCGGCACCGCCCACGCGCUGAUGGGUCUGCUCGAGUCGGUGUCGGAUCACGAGGCGGCGUGGUUCGUGGACCUGUUUGUGCGGCGGUCAAACGGCGUCGCCAUCAGCUUCUACGAGAGCCUGGGCUACUCCGUCUGUCGGCACGUGCUCGGCUACUACUCUGGCGACGAGGACGCAUACGACAUGCGGAAGCCGCUCUCACGAGACGCGGACCGAAGGUCGGCGGUGCCACUGCCCAAUCCCAUACACCCGGAGGAGCUGGAGGACGAUUAG